AUCUGUAGAUUUUUUUAUUGUUCACUUUCUUUAAAACGAGAAGUUAUUAAGGGUAGAAUACCUGAGUGUUUUUUCAUAUUUUCUUGUUUGCUCUGUUUCAGUCUCUCUCUCUCUCUCUCUCUCUCUCACAUUCAGAGGAAGAAAAAGAAGAGUCUUUGUAAAGAUAUAAAACCACCCUGCAUUUUAGGCGGAUAAAGCGGUCUCCUCACAGAUCCAUAUCCUACUUUGGCAUUUGUUUCCUGCUCUUUUUAGCCGAACCCCUUAUUUAGUUUUUUGUUUUUCCCAAUGUAUCAUUCAGGGCCUAGCAUUUCAUGCUGCUUUCAAUGAAAGUGAUCCUCGUAUCAGUGAGUUCGUACAAAAUCCAUGUGAAAAAUAAUCAGUUUCCAUUGCUUGGUGUAAUCAGAGGCUUUCUUCCAUUUCCGUAAAUUUUGUUAUUGCCGAUGUAGGCAUUGAUUAAAUUUAGUAGCUUCUCUGGUUAAAUUUUGUUCUUGACAUGGUUUGUUGGCAUAUUUUGUCAUCCGGGGUUGAAUUUUUAUCGUCUUUCUCCAGGACUAUGAGCUUGUUGUCCUGAGUUGUUUCUGCAAAGGUGGUGGCUUUUCUUUUUUUGCCGCCUGUGUACUGGUUUUAAUGUCUGUCACUCUGUGUUCUGUUUCUUAUAUUUUUUCACCUUCCUAUCUGCAAUUCUAAUUUUCCCUUUUGGAAUUAAUCUGCAGAUUUGCUAAUGAUUGGAAGCUCUGCAUGUGACAUGCAUCAUGAUUCCUGAAUUCAUAUACUUUUUCCUGCCCAAAUCUAAGCUCCUUGGAAUCUUGCCACUUGUGGGCAUCAAUGGGUGAAAUAGAGUCGGACUAAAAGAUUGGAAUCCUUUACCUUGCUGUGUUGUGCAGUAGUCUGACUGUGAAAAGAAUGGAGGAGGGAUGUGAUUUUCGACCAUGGGAUGAACUGAUACCUGAUACACUUGGUUUAAUAUUCAGAAAUCUCUCCCUUCUGGAGAUACUUACUGUGGUUCCUGGAGUUUGCAAAUCAUGGAGGAAAGCAGUUAUGGGGCCUUAUUGUUGGCAAGAGAUUGACAUUGAGGAAUGGAGCCAGCACUGUAGUCCUGAAAACAUCGAUCAAAUGCUGCAGUUGCUCAUCACGAGAAGCUGUGGUUCGUUUCGCAAACUAUGUGUUUCUGGCAUCUCCAAUGAUCUGAGCUUUGCAUAUAUCGCUAACCAUGCUAAAUGUUUACAGACGCUGCGAUUGCCAAGAAGUCAAAUUAGCCACUCAAUAGUGGAACAAGUUGCAGGGAUGCUCUCGACUUUAACUUUUCUGGAUUUGAGCUACUGCAUAAAGAUCGGAGCAGAAGCACUCGAAGCAAUAGGAAAGAACUGCAAAUUUCUCACAGGGUUACGUCGAAUAAUGCACCCACUAGAGGUGAUUGACAAACUCUCCCAAGAUGAUGAAGCACUUGCCAUUGCAUCUACAAUGCCCAAACUCAAGCAUCUUGAGAUUGCUUACCUGCUUGUAAGCACAAGCAGUGUGAUUGAGAUUCUUACAAACUGCAGACAGCUUGAACUAUUGGAUGUACGUGGGUGUUUCAAUGUAAAUCUUGAUGAGAACUUUGUGAAGAAAUUCCCAAGAUUGAAGCUUGUUGGUCCCAAUGUUGUAGAUUAUUAUGAUAUGAAUGGUUGGGAUAGUUGCUCAGAUUACUCUGGUUCUUCAGGCUACUUAGCCUGGGAUUUUGUUGCUGGUAUGGGCGAUGAUUAUGACGAAAUAAGUGAUGGCUAUUGGGGAGAUGAGCAACAAAUCGAGGACGUUGAAAUGUGGUUUUACGAUGAUGUCGAGGCAAUGGAUGCUGGAUAUGACUGGCCCCAAUCUCCUUGAAGUUGAUAUAUGUCAGUUAACCGCGUGUAGAGUUUUUAUGAUUGUUUUUCUAGGUCAUGGUACCAAAGUUUCUGCUUGUAUUACUGCUUCUAUGAAGUUUUUCUGCUUCCUUUAAGAUGUAAAUAUAAGAUGCGUGCCGCCUUCAUAUGAUACUGCUGUUCUACAAAAAAACUUUCUAUCACAGCAAUAAUACAAUGGAUCUUCUCUGCCUGACUUUUGGCCUC